AUGAGCCAGCAAAGACAAAGUGGCUGUUGUGGAUCCAGCAGGGGCAGCUCCUGCGGAGGUCACAGUGGAGGCAGCUCCUGUGGAAGUCACAGUGGUGGCAGCUCCUGUGGAAGUCACAGUGGUGGCAGCUCCUGCGGAGGUCACAGUGGAGGUGGUUACCAAAGCCAAGGCUCAUCCUGCUGUGGCCGUCGUGGCAGCAGUAGCGGAAUUUCAUGCUGCGGUGGUGGAGGCUAUUCUGGUGGAAUUGCCCAGAUCUCCGGAGGUGGAGGAGGAUCGUCCGGUGGGUGCUGUAGAGGAGGUGGAUCAGGACAGCGUGUUGUCGUCGUUUCAGGAGGCCAAGGAUCUUCCUGCUGUGGUGGCUAUAGCAGCAGUGGGAGCUGUGGAGGAAUCCAACAAAUUCGAGGCUCUGGCUGUUGCAGCAGUGGAGGCUCCAGCGGGGUCAUCAUAGUACCAGGAGGUGGUGGUGGCCAGUCUUCUGGAUGUUGCCUUGGAGGAGGAUACGACGGUGGGAUGAGCCAGCAAAAGAUUCCACUGAUCAUUGGUGGUGGAUCUGGAAGCAUUUGCUGUGGAGGAGGUAGUGGAGGUGGAUCAGGUGGACAGACCAUCAUUGUACCUGGAAGCAGCAGUGGUGGGGGAUGCUGUGGUGGGGGAAGCUCAGGCGGGUUUCAGACUAUUGGAGGUGGAAUCAGUGGUGGAUCUGGAUGUUGCAGUGGAGGAGGUAGUGGAGGUGGAUUAGGUGGACAGACCAUCAUUGUACCUGGAGGUAGCAGUGGUGGGGGAUACUGUGGUGGGGGAAGCUCAGGUGGGCUUCAGACUAUUGGAGGUGGAAUCAGUGUUGGAUCUGGCUGUUGCAGUGGAGGAAGUGAUGGUGGUGUCAAGGUUAUUGGUGGGGGAUCUGGUGGAGGUGGAUCCAUUUGUGGAGGUGGUGGAUCAAGUGGAGGUGUGAAGGUUAUUGGUGGAGGGUCUGGAGGCAGUGGAUCCAUCUGUGGAGGUGGUGGAUCAGGUGGGGGAGUGAAGAUUAUUGGUGGAGGAUCUGGUGGAUGUGGAUCCAUCUGUGGAAGUGGUGGAUCAGGUGGGGGUGUGAAGGUUAUUGGUGGAGGAUCUGGUGGAGGCGGAUCCAUCUGUGGAGGUGGUGGAUCAGGUGGUGGUGUUAAGGUUAUAGGUGGAGGAUCCGGUGGAGGAGGAUCAAUUUGUGGAGGUGGUGGAUCAGAUGGGGGUGUUAAAGUUAUAGGUGGAGGAUCUGGUGGAGGAGGAUCCAUCUGUGGAGGUGGAGGAUCUGGUGGGGGUGUGAAGGUUAUAGGUGGGGGAUCUGGUGGAGGAGGAUCCAUUUGUGGAGGAGGUUCAGGUGGGAAAACCAUUGUUGUGAGUGGGGGAAGCAGUGGGGGAUCAGGCUGUUGUGAUGGUGGAAGCUCUGGUGGAGUAAAGGUUAUUGGAGGUGGAAGCAGUGGAGGAUCUGGGUGUUGUAUUGGAGGUGGUGGAGGGGACUCAAGUGGGAAAACCAUCGUAGUAUCAGGAGGUGGGGGUUCUGACUGUUGUGGAGGAGGAUCUAGUGGGGGAUCAAUCAUCAUUGGAGGUGGUGGCUCUUCCCAGGUCAAGUGUCCCCCUGUCAUUCCACCUUGCUUAGGGCAAACCAAGCAGGUUUGUUCACUGCCUCCCUCCAUCAAGUAAGAUGCGAGAAAGAAAAUAUACCUCGUCCGGCUGAUGCCAUGUUCUCACAGUCUUGUUUUAAGCUGAGGACCUCCUGCAUGUUGCAUACUUUGUACUUCUCUUCAAUGGCAUUUCAUGUUUUUAAUUUUGUGCAUGGUUAAUGUGUGACUGAUUAUUCCAAAAUAACUUAUAAUUUAUGUGUCCUUGUGGUGGAGGGGAAUCAGUAAGGAACCCUCACUGACUUUAUGUUUCCAUCUCCGUUCUAAUGCAUGGGAGAUAAUAAAAGCUUACCUCAGUAUG